AUGGACAACAUGUUUACGAGGCCCAUCGCGGACGCAUCGAGCGAUUUAUCUGAUGACGAACCGGGGGAUGAAAUCGACAUUCACGAGGAGUUUGUGCCCACUAUCACGAUUACAACGGUUGAUGGUGAAAAUUUAACCAUUGAACAAGCGGUUGAUGAUCCAGCGCCAAAACCAAAGAAAGGGCCUGCUCGUUUCGCCAUUCCAGAUCCUUUGGUAGAGGAGAGGCCUGGGCGCAGAUAUCCCCUCGUUCUAGAAGAGGCCCAGCAACGGGAAGUCGCAAGAUUCGGGGAGCCGCUCAUCGCGCCGCCAGUUCCAGUCGACAGCCAGAUGAUGACCAGGUAUCAGCAGCGGCAACGAGGAGAAAGGCUCACCGAUGUGGCACAAGAUGAGCCAGCUAGCAAUGUGGAGCACCUUGAAUUUGCUGAUGAUGAGAGAGACGACGGAGAAGAAAAUCCUUCUCAACCGUUCCCAAGCAUCGACAUGGCUGAGAGCAUUGAGAGUGGAGAGGUUGACAGCACAAUGAUCAACGAAGCUCCGCGUAACCAUUGGCGAAGCUACAUGAUGAUGGAUGGUGUCGAUGCAACGCUCCCUCGAUCUCGUCCAUUGUCGCCAGUGCGCAACCAAUUAUCUGUGUCAGGCCAAUCCCGCCAUCGGAGAUCAUUCUCAAUUCAUGACGGGGAGCCGAUGGUCCGAAGUCCUGCUGUGGAAGCACUCUUUGACUGCUUGAAGAUUGAUUCGAGACCAAAUGCAGGCUCAAGCGUAAGCAUUGUCCCCGACCAUGAGAACGUCCAGGGCUUCAGAUUUGGCGGCUCCUCGGAUGCUACGCAGAACAACAAACGGAAGAGCAUGCAGCCUCUCAUUGAGCUGUCGCGGGUCUCCCGCAAGAAGAACAGAGUCCUGCAGAAGCUCAUCAACAGAUCGAGUUCUCAGGAUUGCUCUACGGCGCCCAUAGCAGCAGAUGACGGCGCUUCUGACUCACGUCCAGACAUAGAACUCAGCGUGCUUUCCGAUGUUGGCAGCGAUACUUCACCUGCUUCGCCAGCGGAGGGGAUCGACUCUCAAGCCAACCGAGACAGGUUUCAGCACACUGUCUCUUCGGCGCAGGAUCAGACUCAAGCAGCUGAGGAAGCCGCUCUCUCAGCAAGAUUGGCAGCAAUUGGAGCUCCUCCUAUCUUUGGUGGUCAAACCAUUACAGGAGGGUUUGGCGGGCGGGCAACUCUCUUUGGCUCUCCGGAACAACGUCGAGCCGAGGGCUUAGCGCGGUUUAACGCUAUGGCCGCGCUUCCUGUACCGCAACCACCGACAAACAACACCUCUCUAUACGGUGCACCACGCGAGGCAUUGGCUUCCACACAGACUGCGAGUGAGGCCAGUGUGCUGAAUCCCGAGUCGGAAACCUUCACUCUCCCAGAGCCGAAGUCAAGACAGUCUCGCUCGACCUGCAGGCCAGGCGCCAUCUCCACCGCUGUCAACCGGGACCGUUCCAAGUCACCUCCAGGUGACGACCCGGUACCCGAUCUCGAAGAAACACAGUCAUUUACAGCCCAAAAACCCAAACCCACCCUCAACCCGACAACAUACAUGCGCUCCAGCAACAUGUCCUUCCCUUCUUUUCUCGAUGGCUCCUCGAACAGCAACAUGCCCAGCCCAGGCCUUCCACGUCAGGCGCCCUCGCCAGCUCCCGGUUCCCUCCAAAGCAACGGCAUUGGCCCUGGCCCUGGCAGCAUUCCCAUAGUGAAUGGCCUCGCCAGCGCGGGAAACGCGACGGAUAUGGCGCACCUCUGGAACAUCGUCACAGACCUCGCCACCCAACUCGAGCACAACCGAGCCGAGACCGCCCAUCUAGUCUCCAGCAUCAGCCAGCUCCAAGCGCGCGCCGCCGCCGAAGGUGCCUCGCCCACUCUUGCGCAGGCCAACGGCGCCAUCUCAUCCUCACAAAGCGCGGCCGAGGUCGUCAAUCUCCAAACCCAGCUCUCAUCCGCACAAUCCUAUAUUAGCAACCUCGAGUCGUCCAAUGCGGCAUUGCAGAACCUGGUACAGGACUACGAGUCCAGCCUUGCACGAACGCUCGAUAUGCUCCGUCCGUACGCUUUCCAACACUCCGAAGCGAUCGUCGCGCUGCAUGCACACUAUAAUGCCCUGCUGGACGCGGAACGCAAAGCCAAUGCCGAUCUAAGGAUCGACCAUGCAGAGUGGCAGGCGGGGUUGGCAAAAGCGGCAGAGUGGGCGCGGCUGGCAUUGCGAGAAUACAAUGAGGGGACGCUGAGCUAUGUGCGGAAGGUGAAGGCGCUGAAAGAGGAGAACAGAGUUUUGAGGAAGCAGGCGGGGUGGCCGGAGGGUAGUGAUAGCGAAGACGAGAGCGCGUCACCAUCUUCUUGA